AUGUAUUUGUUUGCAGAGCGUAUAGGGUUCUUCAAUUGCAAUUUGCAUGGUGGUGAUGGUGGUCGUAACAGCAGUGAUAAUGGUGGUCAUAGUGGCGGUGAAGGCGGCCAUAGUAGUGGUGGUGAUAAUAGUAGCAAUGGUGGUGGUGGUAAUAGUGAAAGAAGUAACAAUAGUGGUAGUGGUGGUGAUGGUGGUCGUAGCAGUAGUGAUAAUGGUGGUCAUAGUGGCGGUGAAGGCGGCCAUAGUAGUGGUGAUGGUAAUGGUAGCAAUGGUGGUGGCGGUAAUAAUGGUAGAAGUAACAAUAGUGGUAGUGGUGGUGAUGGUAGUCGUAGCAGUAGUGAUAAUGGUGGUCAUAGUGGCGGUAAAGGUGGCCAUAGUAGUGGUGAUGGUAAUGGUAGCAAUGGUGGUGGCGGUAAUAGUGGUAGAAGUAACAAUAGUGGUAGUGGUGGGGGUGGACAAACAUUAGGUCGGCUGGGCCGAUAG